AUUCCCAUCCCUGUCUGACAAGCUGUGAGAAGUUUAUUUUUUUUCUUUCUUCUCAAAUCUGAAUCAGAAGAAAGGGAGCAAGUCAAUCAGCCUUCAUGGUUAGAAGCCUAGCGACUAUAGAACUCUGAACUAGGCAGAAGGAAAGGAUGAUGGAAAGCAAUAUCCCACAAAGUCUCAAAUGACAUUUGAGAGAAUGAUCUCCUGCAGAAGCAAGAGCCACAUGGCAUGUCUGUGAGUCCCAGUACCUGCCAACCUAAUGAAAACAGGCCAGUGGAGCCUACAUCAGAACUUGUCCCUUUUGCUGCUGUCAACCAUCUCAUCUUCCCAUCCUUUCAGAGAGACCUGAGACCAUGAGGAGCAGCCUUACCCUGGUCGGCACCUUCUGGGCCUUCCUGUCCCUUGUUACUGCUGUGGCCAGUUCUACCAGUUACUUCCUUCCUUAUUGGCUAUUUGGAUCACAGCUAGGAAAGCCAGUGUCUUUCAGCACAUUCAGGAGAUGCAACUAUCCGGUGCGGGGAGAUGGGAACAAUCUGAUCAUGGUGGAAGAAUGUGGACGCUAUGCCAGCUUUACCGCCAUACCAAGCCUGGCAUGGCAGAUGUGCACAGUGGUGACAGGUGCCGGCUGUGCUCUGCUGCUCCUGGUGGCACUGGCUGCUGUCCUAGGAUGCUGCAUGGAGGAACUCAUCUCUAGAAUGAUGGGGCGUUGCAUGGGAGCCGCACAGUUUGUAGGAGGGCUGCUGAUAAGCUCAGGCUGUGCAUUAUAUCCUUUAGGAUGGAAUAGCCCGGAGGUAAUGCAAACAUGCGGAAAUGUCUCCAAUCAAUUUCACUUAGGAACCUGUAGACUUGGUUGGGCCUAUUACUGUGCUGGGGGCGGAGCUGCUGCAGCCAUGUUGAUCUGUACCUGGCUCUCUUGCUUUGCGGGAAGAAAUCCCAAGCCCGUCAUGUUGGUGGAGAGCAUCAUGAGGAAUACCAAUUCUUAUGCCAUGGAGCUUGAUCACUGCCUCAAACCUUAA